AUGUCCGACGUAGAUGGUGACUGCUCGAUCACCGCCGCUGGGCGGACUACAUCUGAGCUGAGCUCGGUGACACCGCCCACGACUACCGUGACCAUCACAAAGACAGAAAUCCGUUUCACGACGUCGACGAUCUUGCGAGUCGUUCGACCCACCCUGAGCCCUGUUAUACCCACCGCCCGUAGGAAUAAAAUUUCAGUGCCCCCAGUCAAUGUACCCGCUGCUCGCUCCUCUACGUUAAGUUCUUCUUCAUCCUCAGUUGUGAUCUCCUCUCCUCUCAAUCUCAUCCCCACGACUACACCCUCUUCGAUCGCACCCACCCCCACCCCCACCGCCACGACCUCUUCGAGUACACCGCUUCCGGGUCCGCCUACAAAUGCUAUAUCGUCGGGGACUCUUCCACCCAGUAGCAAGAUGGCGAUCGUAGUUGUAGGAGUCGUGGCGGCACUGAUGACCGCGAUUUCACUGGUGAUACUCUUUGUAUUGAUACGGAUGAGGCGCAGGGUGCAGCAUUCGAGUGACAAGGCCGAAAAAGCCGGAAUUACUCCAUUCCCGUACAGCGAGCGACAUCCGCGUCCCGAGUCGGUGUAUUCGAUUUCAUAUCCGGUGUCAGGUGCCCAAACGGUGGACCCCGGCUCCCCAACAUCUAUGCAAGCCCAUCACGGAUCCACGUCCUCCGAGAUGCUGGUCAUCGAGAGGACUGGCGCGUCGUCGGUCAAUGGGUUCCAGAAACGCACAGGACGGAAACGCAGCAUCUACAAAAGUCUGGAAUCUAUGAGAGCCAGUGUUUCCUCACGGCUGGGAGGUAGUCGGCCCGGUACCUCGGAUGGGCAAUCUCUUCCGUCCUCCUUCGGCUCCGGGAUCAGCACCUUGGUAGCAAACCUCACAAACAAUCGACCAUGA